AUGACUUGGGUCCCCAAGCACCUCCUGGGACAGGUCUCCGAGUUCAGAGCAUCCUUUUCGCUGUGUGUUCAGGGAGCAGGUAGCUGUGUGUGUGGAGAAAGGCCGGGUGAUGACGGGAAGCCUCUGCAGGUGUUUCAGGCUGCUGCUGCCUUGGGAACAGGAGGUGACCUGUCUUUCCCUGACCAGCUAAACACAGCUAACAAAGCUUCUUCUGAGAGAAACCUCUUUCUGCGCCCUGCCGGCCCCCCUGCCCAGUCCCAGCUGCAGGCUAGAGGUCUUUCUGUAAAUCCCCUGGGAGUUACUGAACCUUGGAGCAGAAACCAGCCAUCUGGCACCCCAGCCACCAUGGACAUGGGGGGCCUGGACAAGAUCACCAACAUGGCCUACCAGCAGGUCCGGAAGACCUCAGAGUGCCACAGCAUGGAGCGGCAGCGGCGCCACAGGAGCCUGAUGCUGCCCAGGCAGCAAAGCGGUGCCCAGCUGCGCCAGGCGCUGCCCCUGGACUUCAACAGCCUGUGUGCGCAGCAGCUCAUUGGUCACCACCUCUUCCAGGACUUCCUGGCCACGGUCCCAUCCCAAGAGGCCUCAGCCUUCCUUGAGCAGGUACAGAGAUGGUAGCUGGCGAGGAGUGUCUCCCUGGGCAGCAUGCUGCAGGUGCCAGUGGGCACUGGUGGUGCUGCCCCUCCCCUUGGACACCCACACUGCUUCCUUAGCCCAACUCUGGCCACCAGGUGCCAAGCAGCCACCAAUGAGGAAGAGCAAGCGGCCCUGGUGACAUUGGCCAAGGCUGAGGCCGUGUCCUUGCAGGACCAGCCCUCCUGGGAUUUCCUGACCAGCCCGCUCUAUGGUAAGUUUCCACAGUGGAAAGGCUUUGAGAUGCAGCUGGUGACAAACAAGUUCUUCACCAAGUUUGGGGUGCUAGGAAAAGGUGGUUUUGGGGGCAUCUUGGAACAGCCAGGUGAGGUAUGUGCUGGCCAGCUGAAAAACACUGGCAAGAUGUAUGCCUGUAAGACUGACAAGAAGAGGCUGAAGAAGAAAAAUGGUGAGGAAAUGGCUCUCUCAGAAAAGGAAAUCUUGGAGAGGAUCAGCAGCCCUUUCACUAUCUCUCCAGCCUAUGCCUUUGGGAGCAAGUCCCAUCUCUUCCAGGUCAUGAGCCUGACGAAUGGAGAAGACCUCAAGUUCCACAUCUACAGCACAGGCACGUGAGUCCUGGCCAUGAGCAGGGUGGCCUUCUACUCGGCCCAGGUAACCUGUGGGCUGCUGCACCUGCACUCUCUCAGCAUUGUCCACCGAGACCUGAAGUCUGAGAACGUGCUUCUGAAUGACAUUGGCAGUUCCUGGCUGUCUGACCUGGGGCUGGCCAUGCAGAUCCAGGAGGGCAAGCCCAUCACCCAGAAGGCUGGAACCAAUUGUUACAUGGCUCCUGAAAUCCUAAUGAGAAAAGUGAGUUACUCCUCUCCUGUGUACUGGUUUGCAAUGAGAUGCAGUAUUUAUGAAAAUGUUGUUGGAAGAACACCAUUCAAAAAUUAUAAGGAAAAAGUCAGCAAAGAGGAUUUAAAGCAAAGAACUGAAGAAGUCAGAUUCCAACAUGGUAACUUCACAGAAGAAGCAAAAGAUAUUUGCAGACUCUGCUUGGCUAAGAAACCAGAGCAAUGCUUAAGAAGCAGCAAGAGAAGUCUUCCUGCAGCUGCCAGUUGGGCGAUGACGAAAGAUGCUGCCUCCAUCAACAGCCUCUCCUAUUUGUGCAAGAGGGGAUGGGCCGACAGAGCGCUGCACAAAGCGGCCAGGGCAGGAUUUGGGAGUAAAAUCACCUUCAUGCUAUUUCUUACUGCGGAGCUGAGAACAACAACCCAGGGAGGUGUCAAUGACAUUGAAGAUUUCUGUGAGGUUUGGGGAGUUGAAUUUGAUGAUGAAGGUAAGAAGUUCUUCCAAAGAUCUGCAGCAGGUGCUGUCCCCAUAGCUCGGCAGGAAGAGAUUAUAGAAAUGGGCUUUGAAGAAUGAAAUGGCCCCAACAGGCCUGCAGGUUGUGGGGAGAACUCAUCCAAGUCUGGUGUGUGUUUGUUAUUAUAA